CUACACGUGAAAACGCGAAAAUCUUUUAAGUUGCCGAUUGCAAGAUUGCAUACGGUAUCUUUUGAUAAGUGUUUUAGACCAUUUAGUUUUAGUCAGAGUCAGAGACAUAAAAAACGAUGGCUGAUGCAGCUGGAGAACCUUUGUCAAAAAAGUAAGUUCAUCUGAAUUGAGAAAUAUAAUUUUCCUUCCUUAACCUAUACCAUGAUGCAAACUCUUAGGCUUAUGAGAAAACAAUUCUUUUCAAUCGAUUCAGGAGUAAUACAAAAAAGUAAAAGUGAGCUUAAAAGACGACUUAAGGCUGAACAGAAAGCCAAAGAAAAGGCUGAAAAAGCUGCCCAACAGCCUGCUCAACCCCAGAAGACUAAAGAAACAAAACCCAGUGAAGAAGAAGUUAGUCCAAAUGAAUAUUUUAAACUUAGAUCAACAGCUGUAGAUAAACUAAAGGGUAUAGGGGGUGAACAGUCGCCUUAUCCUCAUAAAUUCCAUGUUUCGUCAUCACUCGAGAGUUUUAUUGAGAAGUAUUCAUAUCUGAAAGAUGGUGAUAUUCUAGAGAAUGACCACCUUAGUGUGGCAGGAAGAAUUCAUGCUAUUAGAGAGUCAGGUCCUAAAUUAGUUUUCUACGACUUGAGGGGUGAGGGAGUUAAGAUACAAGUCAUGGCUAAUGCUAGAUAUUAUGAAGAUGAAUCGAAAUUUGUAGAUGAUACCGCUAAAAUAAGGAGAGGAGAUAUUAUUGGUAUAGAAGGAGUUCCAACCAAGACAAAGAAAGGCGAGCUGUCAAUCCUACCAAAGAAAAUCAAACUUUUGGCACCUUGUUUACACAUGCUUCCUCAUUUGCACUUUGGUCUUAAAGACAAAGAAACCAGAUUCAGGCAGAGGUAUCUUGAUCUUAUCUUAAACAACAGGGUCCGCAAAAUCUUCGAAGUCAGAGCUAAGAUUAUUGCCUAUGUAAGAAGGUAUUUAGAUGAGAUGGGUUUUUUGGAAAUUGAAACGCCUAUGAUGAACAUGCAAGCGGGAGGCGCUGUCGCUAAACCUUUCAUCACUCAUCAUAAUGAACUUGAUAUGGAUUUGUACAUGAGAAUAGCACCAGAAUUGUAUCACAAGACUCUAGUUGUUGGAGGGUUGGAUAGAGUGUAUGAAAUAGGCAGACAGUUUAGGAACGAAGGUAUAGAUCUUACUCACAAUCCAGAAUUUACAACAUGUGAGUUUUAUAUGGCUUAUGCUGACUACAAUGAUCUCAUGACAAUUACCGAAGAGAUGGUUUCAGGAAUGGUGAAGAGUAUACAUGGCUCAUAUAAAAUACAGUAUCAUCCCAAUGGUCCUGACGACGACCAAGUGGUCGAAAUAGAUUUUACUCCUCCGUUUAAGAGAGUUUCGAUCAUAUCUACUUUAGAAAAAGAAUUGAAUGUUAAAUUUCCAACAAAUCUCACCAGUGCCGAAGCUCAAAAGUUCUUGAAUGACCUUUGUAUUAAGCACAAUGUUGAUUGCACGCCCCCUAGAACUGCCAACAGGUUGCUGGACAAGCUGAUUGGAGAUUUCAUUGAAGAAAAAUCAAUUAAUCCCACUUUCAUUAUCGAACAUCCUCAAGUAAUGAGUCCAUUGGCCAAGUGGCAUAGAUCUAUUCCGGGAUUGACAGAAAGAUUCGAACUUUUUGUAAUGAAAAAAGAAAUUUGCAAUGCUUACACCGAAUUAAACGAUCCUGUUGUGCAAAGAGAAAGGUUCGAACAACAAGCAGCUCUUAAAGCCGAAGGUGAUGAUGAAGUACCCUUGUUAGAUGAAGAUUUUUGCAAGGCUUUGGAAUUCGGUCUACCUCCUACCGCUGGCUGGGGUAUGGGCAUUGAUAGAGUCACAAUGUUUUUGACAGACAAUAACAAUAUUAAGGAGGUGUUGCUCUUCCCCGCUAUGAAACCAGACGAUCCUAAUAAGCAUAAGGAAGAAUCAGAAGCUCCAGUAGAUGGUGCCAAGUAGCAGCAUGUUUUUAAAUUAAGAAUGAACUUUUUUAUUUAUAUUAUGUUUUAAAAUACAUUAUUUAUAAUGUAAAUAA